UACAAUUUUGCUCACUCCAAACAAACYUCGUUACGUGUGGUUAAUAUUUAUAAAACUAAUAAUUCAUUUGAAAGUACUUAACAAAUGCAAUCGUCUUGGAAAUGCAUUACUGUUAACAUGCGUCUGAAUCUAAAUUUUGUACUCUUUAAUUGUAAUUCGUAUUGUWUACCCUCAACUUCAUGAYCAGAAAUUAGAAGAAGUUGGAUGAAAUCCUGAACCAUGGAUGACACUUCACCGCUAUGUUGCUGCGAAUACUACAACAUAAAAGGCGAACGAAGCCAUCUGCUAGCUUUGUGUUGCGAAUGUGACGAGUUGGAUAACGCUGUGGAUCAGUGCUUAAAAGGUGGCGGUUUUUCAAGUAAAAAAUGGAGCUCUAUUUUCAAGGUUGUUUCUGACCGUCUUCGAAUACCAUGGCCCAAUGGCGCCUUAAAACUUGACUUUGAAGUGUUAGUACCGGUAAUGGUUCUCUAUUCGUCAAUGUACGUCGCUUCUAUGGAUUUUGUAUACACGGUAUUAUCUCUGGUUUAUUUACCGGUGUUUGUACUAGUUUAUUAUGUGUUUUCAUUGCGGAAUCGUAAGAAAUCUUGGUUCUUUGUAAGUUGGGCCUCUACAUCAAUAAUUGGUAUAUAUUUACAAUAUAUGACAAGGAUCGCAGCAAAAUCAUCGAUUUUCAACAAUGUCGCGUUAUCGUUAGGAUUUUUAACUGUUAUGUGGAUGUAUUAUMGUGUAGUCAAUUCAAAAGAGAAGAUAAAACGUUUUACAAAAGCUAAGAUAAUGAAAAAUGGUAUCACGCCUGUACUUGACAAGAAUUCAAUAGAAGAUUCAACUGGAGACUUGACAUGCUGUUUUUGUACUUACGGACCAUUCGACAGACGUAAACAUUGCAGAAUCUGUGGGUAUUGUGUACCAAGAUCUGAUCACCAUUGCGUUUGGACAAACUGUUGUAUUGGCCAUCAUAAUCACGUCAAGUUUCUGUUGACUAUAAUUCUGUUUAUUAUCUUUGGAUUCUGGGGGAUUUUUAUCUCACUAAAAACUGUCUGUCCGUCAUCACCUGGUUCUCUGUAUCUUGACUGUGCUAAUGUCUACAAAGAUUCAAGCAAUGCCAUCAUGUUUGUUAGUGUCCUAUAUACUAUGAUUUUCAUAUUGUCAAUGAUGGCUCUUCUUACUCAACAACUAGUAUUCAUCACUUUUAACAUCACUGGUGAUGAAUGGCGCAAGUCAGCAAAGCAAAMGUCAUUGUGGCAAAUCCUUUACACAGGCAAUCCGCACAACAAAGGAGUUUUACAAAACUGGUUGAGUUUUCUUUUUCCAAGAAUAAGUCCUUCAAAAUAUGAACUUGUAUGAAAGUCACAAAAUAAAUUCUAUUUUGAAAAAGRUCGUUUAUGAAUUUUCUCACUUUCCUUUAUUAGAACUACAGAAAAAAAUGCAAAUGCUAUCCAUUAAAAUGUGUUUUUGCUUGUA